CCCGGAAGCGGCGUGGGGCAGAGAUUCCUUCUCUCCAGAGAUGCUGCCAAUAGAUCCUAUAGCGAGCCUGUCCCGUUGAGGUACUCCAGCAUUUUGUGUAUAUCUUCGGUUUAAACCAGCAUCUGCAGUUCCUUCUUACACAUGGCGAAGCGAGUGGCGGUCGUGAGCGGCUCCAACAAGGGCAUCGGCCUGGAGGUGGUGCGGUCUCUGUGCCGGCAUUUCGACGGCGACGUGUUCCUCACCGCCCGGGACGCGAGCCGCGGGCAACAGGCGCUGCUGAAGCUGCAAGAGGAGCAGCUGAAGCCGCUCUUCCACCAGCUCGACAUCGACGACCUUGAGAGUAUCCGGGAACUGCGAGCGUUCAUGCUGCAGAAAUACGAAGGCAUCGAUGUUCUGGUCAACAACGCCGGCAUCGCCUUUAAAAAUGCCGACACCACCCCGUUCGGCACCCAAGCUGAAGUGACCAUGGCGACCAACUUCUUUGCGACCAGGGAUAUGUGCACGGAACUCCUCACCAUCAUCAAACCUCACGGGAGAGUAGUGAAUGUGUCCAGCCUCAUGAGCAAGGUAGCACUACUCAAAUGCAGCCCGGAACUCCAAAAUAAAUUCCGCAGUCCUACACUCACCGAGGACGAGCUGGUGGAGCUGAUGAGGAAGUUUGUCGAUGACGCCAAGAACGAGGUUCACCCCAAACAAGGGUGGCCUUCCACGGCCUACGGGGUCUCAAAGAUCGGCGUCACAGUCCUCUCCAUGAUCCAUGCCCGAAGACUGAGUAAGGAGAGAGCUGCGGACAAGAUCCUGCUGAAUGCCUGUUGUCCCGGUUGGGUGAAAACCGACAUGGCUGGUCCUAAUGCACCAGGCACAGUAGAAGAAGGUGCCGUGACCCCGGUCUACUUGGCUCUUCUACCAGAAGGUGCGGAAGGUCCACAUGGAGAGCUUGUGAGCAAAAAAACUGUUCAGGAAUGGUAAGCUGGAAGAGCACAAGGCAUUGGUAACAAAACGGAAAGAGCAAAGUUCAUAAGUGAUAGGAGCAGAAUUGGGCCAUUUGGCCCAUCAUGGCUGAUCUAUCCUUCCCUCCUAACCCCAUUCACCUGCCUUCACCACCUAACCCUUGACACCCGUACUAAUCAAGAAUAUAUCUCUAGGGUUACACAAAAAAAGCUGGAGAAACUCAGCGGGCGCAGCAGCAUCUAUGGAGCGAAGGAAAUAGGCAACGUUUCGGGCCGAAACCCUUCUUCAGACUGAUCGGGGGCGGGUGCGCCCCCGAUCAGUCUGAAGAAGGGUUUCGGCCCGAAACGUUGCCUAUUUCCUUCGCUCCAUAGAUGCUGCUGCACCCGCUGAGCUUCUCCAGCUUUUUUUGUGUAACCUUCGAUUCUCCAGCAUCUGCAGUUCCCUCUUAAACACAAGAAUAUAUCUCUAUCUGCCUUAAAAAUACCCGUUCAAAUUUCAGAAGAUUUUUCUUGAUGUACUAAUUCGGACAUGCUGAAUGUUGCAAAUUUGUGGUUAUUUUUCCAUCUAACAAUUGUAAUGAAUUUUAAAUAUUUUCAAUAAAGAUCAUCACU